AUGUCAUGGGAUAAUGAUGCUCUGUUAAAAUGUAUUUGCCUCGUGCGAGCUCGGAUGAACGUGGAUUUCACCACGACGCGAGCGCCUGUUGCCUCGCUGGAUCCGGUGGUCUGCCUCUGCGCACCCUCGCCCCGGCACCCCUCCCUACCUCACCCGAAGGGCCUAACAGCAGAGGAGCAGGCAAGUGAAAGUGGAAUACGCUUUUGGGAAGAGCAGUGCGCGCUCCGGGGCGCGCUGGAGAUUUUCGCGGGCCGUCUUCUGCGGCGCCAGAAGCACCAACAACAGGGCGCGAACUCGUGGACGCUCCUGCCGGUCGCGGAAGAGGGGCUGUACAUCCAGGUCCCAAGCAAAAUGUAUAUAAAUACAUGCCGAAAAUGGAUUAACACGGCAUCAUCAAAAAAAUGUGCAAAUUCUGAGGAGAGUAGUGUUGAGAAUUAUAUGGAUCCGCUGCGCUUUUACGCCGCGGAGAACCCCCGCCCUGAGGUGGGCACGCUCUACGGCUACGCCUUUUAUCUGGCCAAAGGGACUAGCCCCGGCGAGACGCAGGCGGUGAGCGCGUUCGACCUCAAGCCGGAAGAAAGUGGUUUGCUGCUUUGCUUCGUCUCCACCGCGCCGGUGUUUAAUUUUAUGCGGACGCUGACCGUGCAGUUCGUGCCGGUCUUACGCACCGCGGUGGGAAUAGCCUCUGCACGACAGAACGACGCCGCCCUUCUACACGUGCUGUACCCCCUUCGGCUUCUGAUGGAUCCGAAGAAUCUGGCUUGGGGGACCUUCCCCGGGCAGAGCAUUCGCAUCUCCCUUCCGCUCCCCGGCGUGGAUGGCACCUUGAAGCCGGCCACCGCGCCUCGGAAGAGCCAAAAUUUGUAUGUCUUCUCCAUCCAACGCCCGUUCGACCUCCACAACCCCUUUUUUGACCUCCCGUUUUCGGCCCUGAUGUGGAGCUUCUCCGCCGACGCCCUGCGCGUCCUGCAGAGCCUGCUGUUUCAGGAACGGCGGGUGGUCUUCAUCGGGAUGACCCCACAGCACGCAGCGGCGUGUGCGGUGAGCGCCCCGGCCCUGAUCGCCCCCCUGAUAUGGGUCGCCCCGCUUAUUUCGUAUCUUUCGCCAGAGCACCUCUUCGAUUGUCGGGGGCUGGACGCGCUGUUCGCGAUCCCGGACGAGCGCGGGGGCGGAAGAGGGGAGUCCGGCGGGUUGAUUCUCGGCUCAACCCCGGAGCUGGUGCCGGCGUUGACGAUGCGGCUUCGCCAGAACGCCGUGUGGAUUGCCGACGCGCGGACGGGAAACGUCAGCGUGAUCUCGCCCAACCCCCGGCCUCCCGACACCACGAUUGUCCUGGAGGUCCUCCCCGAAAGCGAUAAGCUCAAGUCGUUGAUGAAGAAGUGUAUUACGAAUGGAGGGCAGCUGGCCUUUCGGGCCGCCCUCGAGACCAUGGCGGCGUAUUACGUAAACCACCGCUCGAUCCACAAGGGCGGGGUGGCAGGUCUGAAAUCGCGCAUACAGCUCCCGGCGGUCAGCGUGCGCGGCAUCAAAUGGGAUGACCUCAGCGGGACCUCCGAAUCCGCGUCGAACCAGAAUAGUAGUAGUAAUAUUGACACCACCUACAGCCAGGAAUGUGAUAACGACUCACCAGAGACGACUCCCUGCGUUACUGGAAAUCCCUCCAAGAUCGCAUCUGGGGCGGGGGGGAAUCUGAGUGAUGUAAAUGCUUCAGUUUACCCUACCUUUCCCGAUAUACCCUCCACCCGUAUCUCCGAGGUGCACGUUGCGAUACUCGAGUAUAACUCCCAGUUGUUCCUUGGAAACUACCGAAAAAGUUUUAAAAUGAAUUUAGCUUCUCCCUUGGCAGCAUCGAGGUCUUCCAGGGCCGUUUCCACAAUCUACUCAUUGGAAUAUCUAAUUUCCAACCUCAACAUGAGCAGCGCCCUGGCAAAACAGAUCUCCCAGACUCAUCACCUCAAGCAGUUUGAGCACGGCCUGAUGGAUGCUGAGUUGUUGGGGCUGCAAUACGUGCUCCAUGGCGAUUAUAUCUGUUUCCCCGCUGGUUUUACAAUCAAUAACUUCAUCGCACAUGAAGCGAAUGCCAUAUCGAAUCGCUACGUAUCGGAUCCACGCCUAGUAGCGCUGCUGUGCCUAUUCUACGAUCAGUGCAAACGUCGCUCUCCCGAUCUAUUUCCGGAAUUACAAAUCUUUGACGGCGUAGGGUACUGCGAUCGUAUCGCAACCAUGAAUCUACUCCAUACGUUUGGGAAGGAAGACGCACACAGCCGUGCGAAAUCGCCUCAGUCCGAAUUUUCGGAACCUUUGAUUGAAGUCCUUGCCGGGAAAACCAGCAACGAUCGUAGUGCUCAAAUGGAAAGCUGUGGGGUUGGGGGGUUCGGCUUCCGAAGGUUCUUUACGAAAGCCACGAAGGCGGUCCGUCAAACCAUUUCCGGGGCCUCCACACCCCAAAUUGUGCCGAUCCCCUUCCCCGACUUCACGCAAACUUUCCUGCGCUUCACGGACACAACUAAGCUGAAUGGGCCGUCUGCGGUGGCGUUCUGGAAGAGAGUCAAUAUGGUGCCUCCGCAGCCUGGGGCGGGUGUCAAAACUUCCACCACUAGUAAGGUCGAUCUACCAAUCAAAGAAGGGAUUGUAUACUCACAGGAGAUAUGGGCCCACGGCGUGGCCGCGCAGGCGAAGGAAACGCUCAUGGAGCUAGAAUAUUCACUCCCAGACGUCAAAAUCCCGAUGAUGAGUGGUAUGGAUGACUUAGAAUACCAACACAACGGGUAUACUUCGCCGAGAAGCGAGGAGGCUAGCAAAGGGGGUCACACGGAUGUCCCUGACAACUGCUGCCUACAGCUCGGCCUCGACGUGAUCCACCAGUUCGAUCGCUACCAUCCGCUGCUCAACCCGGAAUGGGCGGAAACGAAGAUAGGGGCGCCCCUAAGUCGUGCAAAGGCCAAGGCAGCCGUGAUGUUGGCCGGCAUGCUCGCGCAGAUGUUCCCGGCGAGUCGGCGGGUGCAUCUCCACGCGGAGUCGCUGCCCGAGCAGGUGCUGCCGCCCCUCAGCCCCGCCUCGCCAAACGCGGCCACCUCCGUGAAUUACUCCGUUGAGAAACCCGUUGUCAGUUUACUGAGCCACAUACCCCAUGACACGCACCUUGCCAAGCCCAUUAGCAGCCCUGCCGCCACCAACAUUGGCAAUAUCAUGGACUACAUUGGUGAUACCGUCAACGACAUGCACGUUGACAAACCCGUGGACGACCCCCCUCUUUCAUUACCGUUAGCCUCCAUCCGGGGGCCGACCCUGAGCCCAUGCAGGCCGACCCUCAACCUCCACGAAUUGGGCGAAUUUACGAGCGGCGUGCCAGAGGGGUACGUCGCGAGGUCCCCGAUGGCACUGCGGAGCCCGUCCUCCGGGAUGCCCGCCGAAAGCGUGGACGGCAGGAACUUCCUUCCGCCCGUCCUCCCCUCACAGCCUCAAUUGCAAAGGCCCCGCGAUACGCCCCAGAGUGAAGCCCGUAGAACCGAUAACAAUCUUCUAGAUAAGUUAUUUAUGUGA